CUCCUCUAUGCAUGAUGUGACUGCUUGGAUAGGGGGGUUGAACAUUUGGAGACCUUAAAGUCCUGCAACAGAAGCGGUCUGCUGUGGAUAUUAUCGACCACCAUGGCUUCCACUCCCUCCGCCUCGGCCCUGUCGGCUGUUCUCCGGUGUCGGGGGAAUAUCUGGAGCAGGAAUCCGCCGACCAAGAGGCCUGCAAGCCUCGGUCUGACCGGCGGCUCUCCAGCUGAGUCCAGCUGGGCAAACCAAGCCUCAACGUGGGAAGCUUUCCUCCAAGGAGACCUGCAUGUUCUGGUGGGAAGAAGACUGACUGUGGCGUAUAAAUCAGCCCGAGUGGAUGGUGCAAUGUUGAGGGGAAAAGAUGCCAGGGAAAUUAAUAAAUUAUGUCACAAACAACUUUCGCAAUCUGCAGGAGACGCGCGCUCAGCUGUGCGUAAUGGUGUCCAAAACGCGCUGGUGCGUCAGCUGGCGCGCAGACUGAUAUCAUCUAAUAACCUGCUGCUGCCAGGAACAGACAGAUGCUCUCAAAUGAUCCACAAGAUUAAAUACGAAACACACAUGUGUAAAAUAGUAUUUAUUCAGGAAAGUAGUAGUGAACUCCCAGCUGAUGUCCUGAAAGUGUCCAUCACGUCCAGAAGAUUGAUGGAACAUGCAGGACAAUUACCUUCAUUCGUGUUAACUGGCUGGACAACUCUGAGGAGCACCUGCUUGUCGUUGACUGCUCUGGUGUCAGAGUUUAUGUGUUUGAAGCUGGCGGUGUUGUGGAUGUCCAGCAGCAGACCUGAUGAUGAGGAUGGUGAUGAUGAUGUGCUGCAGCAUCAGAACAUCAGGAACAAUACCCUCCAGGCAAAUGGACGAACCCACUGUCCCACAGACCUCACCUCCUCCGUGGACUACUCCGACUCUGGACAAAUGAUCCCAGAAGACAGACCUGACUGAGAGUCCAAGGCCUCAGCACCAAAAAUAGCCCACACACACUCAGUGAUCUAACCUUGUUUACUGACUUUUACUUGGCUUUCACAAUUCACAAAGCACAUUUGGACUUCAACCCAGAGAUACAAGAAAACAACUGGUCGUUUUUUUUAAAGCUUUUUUUUGCUUUAAAGAAAAGUAAGCAAUACUGUAACAAUAAAUACCUGAGAAACAUGAAACGCAUGCUUUGUUUGUAGUACAUUUUUACUUAAAGUAGGUAUUCUAGGCCUCCUGGUGGAUAAUUAAAAUAAUUGCAGUACAUUUUAUUUGCACAAAAACUUAUUUUGCAAACAUGGAAUGAAGUAAAAUAGGCCUAUAACAUCUCUCAAAAUGGAAAUAUUCAAAUAAUGUCCGAUUAAAAACUGUAUCAUUGAAAGAUUUGUACUUAUUCUAUCCAUUUGUGUUUUUAAGAUGUUUGCUUUAUUUUUUACUAUGAAAUUAUUUUUGGAUAAAAAUAUAGAUCUAAACAAAUAUUCAGUGCCAGUAUAAGGUCACUUGUAUACACGUUCCACCUGUUAUAAGGAUGUGCACAUAUCUACACAUUUGUGCAUCUAUUUCUACACGUGGAAUGCUAUCUGAUAUCACUUUCCAUGUUAACCUUAUAAAUACAUAUUUACAGAGUAAGUUAUGCGUAUUUGCAAAUCGCCCUGUAUUUUUAUGGACUACACAACACAAAUGCAAAAAUACAUAUUUGUGGAUAGUGAAAUAUUUGCAGAUCAUGGUACACAUUUGUGGAAUGUCUUCUGUGGGUUACAACCAAUAAAGUCCAAUAAAAACUUCCAUACAAGGAUAGGAUCUCUCUUCAUCACCAUAUUUCGACGCCACAGUAUGUGAAAGCAGACAAUAAAUGUUUACAAAGACA